AUGAGCAUGCAGGUGUUUGUGGAUGCCGACUAUGCAAGCAAGGCGGCAGACCGGAGGUCGAAGUGCGUUACGCUUUCCACCACGGAAGCAGAGUAUGUGGCAAUUGCCGAUGUCUUGAAGGAAGUGUUGUUCCUGAGGCAGGUGUGGCGUUUUAUGUUGCCAGAUGCAGGUAUGCCGUGCAUCCCGGUGUUCGAGGAUAAUCAGGGAGCGAUUCAGAUUGCGCACAACCCGAUCACGAACUCCAACUCGAAACACAUCGAUGUACGACAUCACUUUAUCAGGGAGCUGGGAGCGAUUCAGAUUGCGCACAACCCGAUCACGAACUCCAACUCGAAACACAUCGAUGUACGACAUCACUUUAUCAGGGAGCUGGUAGAGAGGAAGGAGAUUUCAAUUACUCAUGUGCCGACGCAAUUUCAGCAUGCAGAUUUCUUGACGAAGGCCAUUAGCAAGGAGUCUUUUGCGUUGCACCGUGACUUUGUGAUGAACUUGCAUGAAGGAAGUGUUUUGGGGUCGAUUCGUAUUCUGUNGUGCAUCCCGGUGUUCGAGGAUAAUCAGGGAGCGAUUCAGAUUGCGCACAACCCGAUCACGAACUCCAACUCGAAACACAUCGAUGUACGACAUCACUUUAUCAGGGAGCUGGUAGAGAGGAAGGAGAUUUCAAUUACUCAUGUGCCGACGCAAUUUCAGCAAGCAGAUUUCUUGACGAAGGCUAUUAGCAAUGAGUCUUCUGCGUUGCACCGUGAAUUCGUGAUGAACUUGCAGUGA